AUGGAUCGCGUCAACCCCCAGCCUCGCCGCCGGGACCCUCGCGCCCAAUCUCCCGCUGAGUCUUCCUCCGAUGAACUCGCCGCCGGCGACCAUGAUGAAGCGGAACGCCGCCGAGCCAGCUGGACUCUGCAAAAGGGCAUCACCCCACUGCGCCCACAGAAGACCGGACCGAGUCCGAAGAGCCCUGACGAGCUAGCUGUGGAUGCCGACGAGUACUGGCGUUCUUCACGCAAGCGCAACCACCGCCGAUCCCCUUCUCCGAUCGCCCGCCCUAGCAUCCGUGACGACCUCUCUCAGGGCGGGUCGGAUGAUCUUGCUGGAGAUGAUGUGACUGGCUCAGAUGAAAACCAGGCUAGCGACGCCGACAACUGGUCCGAUCGUUCUGCCACGCCUCUUGCUCCUCCGCCGCCUCCGCCGCCUCCCAAGCCCGAGCAUCUGAAUUACAAGGAGAAGUUUGUGAUGCGCGGCCACCUGCGCGGAGUGUCGGCUGUGCAAUUCUCGCCCGAUUGCUCUAUGAUUGCUAGUGCAGGUGCCGAUGCAACUGUCAGGGUCUGGGACACUGCGAGUGGUAGACUCAUUCAUGUCUUUGAGGGUCAUCUAGCUGGUAUCUCUACCCUUGCCUGGGCCCCUAGCGGUGACUGGAUUGCAACUGGUUCCGAUGACAAAACGAUUCGUUUCUGGAAUGUGAACACUCUCAAGGCCCACACCAAGGUCUUUGAUGGCCAUCAUAACUACGUGUAUCAGAUCGCAUUCGCACCAAAGGGUAACAUCCUUGUCAGCGGUUCCUACGACGAGGCCGUGUUCAUGUGGGAUGUCCGCCGAGCACAAGUCAUGCGCUCUCUGCCAGCGCACUCCGACCCUGUUGCCGGCAUUGAUGUCGUGUUUGACGGAACCCUAAUCGCCUCAUGCGCUCUGGACGGACUUAUUCGUAUCUGGGACACCCACAGUGGCCAGUGUCUCCGCACCCUGGUUAUGGAAGAUAACCCGCCUGCAACCUGUGUCAAGUUCUCCCCCAAUGGUAAAUACGUCUUGGCCUGGACCCUGGAUGGCUGUAUUCGGAUGUGGAAUUACGUCGGGAGCCGCGUCCUCAAGACAUUCCAAGGCCAUGUCAACAAUAAAUACAGCUUGUCGGGAUGCUUCGGUACAUAUGGGCCCCGAGAUGCGAUCUACAACCCGCCCCUGUGCUUCGCCGUCAGUGGCAGCGAGGAUGGCUCUAUUAUCUUCUGGGAUAUUGUCACUCAAACGCUGUCCUUUGUGUUCACGGGUACAUUGAACGGCAAGCGUAUGGUUGUGAGCUGCGGAGCGGACAAGACUGUUCGUCUGUGGGAAGAGGUGAAUGAAAAUGACACCGGACUUGACGAUGAUGAGUUUCGCGACGCCACCCCUACACCCGGGUCUCACUCGCAAAAGAGCACCCCUGCGCAUGAUGCAGACGGUGAUGAUGCCAUGACUGACGUCUCUGCUGUGCCUUCCACUGCUGCUACCCCGGCGGAAGAUGUGACGAUGACAUGA